AUGGGCGAUGAAUCUUGGUUCAGAGCUCGCGAAGAAAUCCUUCGGCAGAAGAACUUGCGCGAUAUCUCACUUUUUUCGGUAACUUGCCCAGCUCAAGACCAUAGUGGCAAAUCGGUUUUUAUACCAUGCCAAGCUUUAGCACCAGCAUUAGAAACAUCCUUUCGGUCGUCCAAAACAGCAGAAGGAUAUUAUCGCGGCAACGAAACGGCAGAGCGCUGGAUGCCACUGGAAGAUGCUUGCUUAAAUAUAGAACCCUGGCCAAGAGUUGAAGGUUAUGAUUAUGAUACCUGCCGGCUUGGGCAAUCGUAUCAAACAAGUAUUUUACCCCAACCUUCCUGGCACGGAACUGGAAACAACGAAGCUUUCCACGGAUUUCCUCCCACUGCACAUGAUGGAGUCAGCACGGUCAACUCACUAUCGCAGGAUCUUUCUGAUGAUCAGUCUGGGAUCUAUGAUCUUUCGGAAUCAGAUAAGAGCUAUCGCUCGGUUCCCAUGUCAACAGUUGACGAAUUGGAGAGCUCCAGUCAUUCUGAUUUGAGCGAUUUGAUGCUCGGAGAUUCUGGCAACACUGAAACCAUCGUGGAUCAGAUUAACAAAGAUGGUGAGGCUCAUAACGAUGAUCAGGACCAGGCUCUCCCCUCGUUUCUUUCUCCUGAGAACAAUUCCUUGCGCAUAGUGUUCCGUGUCGACAAACAAGCCAAGCCGUGCUCGUUUUGUAAACAGAGAAAGUUGAAGUGCAGUCGGGUUAGACCGUGCGGGAGCUGCUCGACGAGGAAGAGGGGGGAACUUUGCGAUGCGUCAAUAAGUCUGAUCGAAAAAGCUGAUAUGGCAAGCAUCGUUGAACGACCUAUUCAGUUUCGCAGAAUUCUCGAAUUUGCUGACAGCAACGGCUUUGCCACGACAAUGUUGGCAGCCAAGAGUAUUGGUGUGAACCACAUGCUUGUUCGGAGGCUCUGGGAGAAUGGGCUUGACACGAAUCACAUCAUGAGUAUGCUGGUCAGAAUGCCUCCCAACGUGAAGCAAGCUAUCAACAAUGGAUGCGAUAUGAUGAGCAACGCAUACCUGAAGCUGCUUGCUAAGACGAAGGGAAAGAUUGCUGCUCCAUGCCCACAAUCGACCAUGCAUGGCCGAAGUUCCCUCAUCUUCGAGGACGCGGAGGAGGAGGUCUUGCACGUUCAGCAGUUGAUAGGGCACGGCUGCUGGCUAAUGGUAAGCUUUGACCCUGAAACCGGGCAAAGGACCCGGUGCUCCGUGGGGCCUGACUAUUCAGAUUCCAUGUUGGGGAUACACAGCGAGGAAUUCAUGUCCAGAUUCGCACUCAACGAUCUCUGCAUCCCCAUGACGGAGAUUGACGCCUUCUGUAUAGUGAUUCACAACAUGUUGACCGCUUUGGAGGAGACCAACUGCAUCUACAUCCGAUGUGACCGAAAGGUAGGGGCAACGCACACCCCCUUCAUCAGAAAGCAUUCGAUGAUCCGAGAGGACGACCGGUGGGGGAGGAACAUCCGCCUUAUCUUCUCCUACGAGGUUGAGACCCCACAGUCCUUCGACUUCAUGCUCGAGCAUCUGCCCGAGAAGGUGCGGCCUUUUUCCAGCUUCCUGGGGGACUCGAGGAAGUUUGCUGAGAUUGAGGAACGUCACAAAAGCGACAUGCAGUUCCGUGGGAAGAUCGUCCACUGGAACAAGUCGAGCAAAAAUAGAAAGCGGCUGCAGGAGUUUGGGGAGCACAUCAGAUCACUGUUCGAGAAGGCAACAAGCAAGAUCAACAAAGUACACGACAGCAUUCAUGAAAAGAUUUGA